AUGCCAUCCCUCAUCCGCCGCCUUGCGACCGCCGCAUUCCUCUUCACAAUCACAACAACCGCCUUCCCCCUCUUCCCCCGAGACGUCCAAUGGUCCUUCGACCUCUACCCAACAACAUCCUGCAACGGCACGGGCGAACUCCACGCCGGCAGCGGCAGCACCGGCUGCCGUGCCGAUUUGAACACCGUCGCCUCGGCCUAUACACUAAACACGAUCGCAGACGGGUGCCGCAUCGAGUUUUUUGAUAACACUAUGUGCGAUGGGAAUGAUAUUUCAGAUGUUGCGGGGCCGAUGACCAGUACGCAGACGUGUCGGGUGCCUAAUUUGAAGAGGCAGUAUGCUUCUUAUCAGGUCUCCUGUGAGAAGGACGAAGUUUGA